GAAGUAAAGGGCGAACGCUUGAGUACAUCAACAAUAGUGCGCAUUAUCGAAGGCGAAUCCUCUUCUUCCAACAGGCGGCAUCGUCCAGUCGUCAGAGGCACUGACAGGUUGAGCGCAUUGCCGCAGCAUAUUCUGACCGAAAUCUUGUCUCGCCUCUCAACAAUUGAGGCUGCAAGGGUUAGCUUUAGUUCAAGAAUUUUGACGACUACAUGGCAUUUGCUGCCAAAUCUUGUUUUCGAUUAUAGUCAGUUCCCGGCUAUGGUGAAUAAGGCACAUUCUUUCUUGAGAUUCGUCGACUGGACUGUUGCUCACCAUGAUGAAUCAGAUGUUAAAAUUUUUGAACUUCAGCUCGGGCCUACCACUUAUUGCGAGGUUUCGAUCAAGUACCAAUGGGUGGAAUUUGCCAUACAACACAAUGUGCAAAAGCUUGUUCUUCAUGGAAGAGUUUGUGGGACUCAAAAUCUAGCAGAUUCCAUCUUUUCAUGUCGGUCCCUUGUAAAAUUGGAGUUGUCUGUACAUGAAAUUGUCUUAUCUUGGCCUGAAACUAUUCAGCUUCCAAACCUCAAGAAACUAAAGCUGAAAUUCUUGCUUCUGCCAGAGAUGAUCACCAGCCAAGAUUUGUUCUCAAAUUUCCCUGCACUUGAAAAACUCUCCAUGUUCUUCUGCAACGUUGCGUCCCUCAAUGUUUUUUCUAUUUCAUCUUCAAGAUUAACGGAGUUCACGAUGUCUGCCUGUCUAGGGAUUGAAAGCUGCUCGAUCAGGCUCCAGACUCCAUCUCUAUCUAAAUUCAUAUACACCAGUUGGGAUCCAAGGGAAAGUGUGCUGCAA